AUGAAGUUCUCUGCUCUCCUUCUAGUCGUCGCCGGUGUCGUUGAAACAUCCAAUGCUUUCGUCCCCUUUGCACCAAGAGCUGUGGUUACCGGCCCUCUUGCCAUGAACAAGCCAUUCUUUGCUGACAGCGAAGACACCGAACAAGUCGCUGAAGCUCCUGCCGAAGCUCCUGCUGCUGCCGAAGCUCCUGCUCCCACUGCUGGAGAAUCAAGCUUUGAAGAUGAAGUUGAGGAGCUGGCACAAGAAGAAAUCCGCAAGCUGAAGAAGGCUUCCAAGUUUAAGACUGCCGGAGGUGUUGAAUAUGCCCCAUGGAUGAACAUGUCUGCCGAUGAGGAAGACGAAAUUAGAAAAGUCAUGAAGUCUAAGGCCGAAGCUAGACGCAAACGUCAAUUGGAAGAAGCAUCUGCCUCUGGUGCUUUGAUCAUGGACAGUCAAGCUCAAGAAUUGAGCGGUGGAGGUCUUCAAACUAAGGUUAUCAAUGGUGACGUUGAAUUGGAAUGGACUACCAGCUCCGAAGCAGCCACUAAGGGAUUCAUUAUCAAGCGUCGUGCCGCCCGUACGGAGGAGUUUGAGGUUCUUGCAUCAUGGGAGGACUGGGGACCUUUGGCAUCCAAGGGACCACAAGGUGGAUCUUACAGAUAUUUGGAUAGCACUACGACUCCUGGAGGUUGGGUAUACCGCGUCACUGAAUGUGAAAACAGCGGAGCCACAAACGAUAUCUGCCAGGCCUUGGUUGAUGUUCAAACGGAAGAAGAGCAAAGAGGUGCUGUCAUCGCCGCUGUUGGUAUCUCUGUUUUCGCAAUUGCCGCUGUCGCUGCAGGAAUCUUGCUAGAUCCCGUCGGUGGAUAUUAA